AUAUCAGUGCAGAUCACGGAAAGACGCGGAUACGUUUCCAGCGAGUGAAGUGUUACGAAAUCCGGCAAGUGGUGCAAAGUUGCGAUGAAAGAUCGCAAUUGGUUGCUGCUGGUGGUGGCCACCUUCGCGGCCACCCUUUCAGUAGGUACGGCCAAUGUACUUUACUAUCAGCCGACGUACGAUUUUCAAAAUGUUCUAAGUCCUGCGAAUCUGUGCGAACAAUUAUGCAGCCAGUGCGGAUGUGUGGGGAUGUUUGUGGCAGAGGAUGUAUGUCAGUGCGUUUGCGGAUCUGUGGAUUACGAUCCUGCUUAUACGAACUGUACUCUGGGGAUGAUGGAAAUGUGUGACGCAUCAAAUGUGGAUUGUGAGUUUCCGGAACUUCCGGAAGUCGGCGAACGAGUCAGAGAGCGUAGAAAACAUUGCUGUAUGGAGUGCCACGAAGAGCAUGAUGACUGUUGCGAUCAUUGCCAUGACGAUUGCCACGAUUCUGGCAAGAAAAUGUUCUGUUGUAAAAAGAAGAAAUGUAAAAAGCAUAAAUGCUGCAAAAAAGGCAAAAAAGGUCGAAAAAUCAAACUAAAAAUUAAAGGAAAAUUACCGGAUUGUUGCUAUUUCAACCAGUUUCAUCACGACCCAUGUUGCCACGCACCGGCUAAGGAAGUCCAUGAAGAACAUCCAGAGCCAUCUUACGAACCACCUCCACCGCCACCGCCACCUCCGCCACCACCACCAGAGCCGGCAUAUCCAGAACCAGCAUAUCCUGAACCAGCACCACCGCCGCCGCCACCACCACCGCCAGAAGAAAAACCUGCUGAAUGUUGUGCACCAUACAAUCAAUUUCAUUGUGACAACUGCUAUCUACAAUCGCAUGAUCAAGGGCCAUCUAUGCCCUCCGGAGGGGGAUAUCAAGGAAAAGAGUCUUAUAUACCGUAUUCCAGCCAUUCAGGAGGAGGUUACCAAGAAAAGGGAUCAUGUAAAUCAUGUGGUAGCCAUUCAGGAGGAGGUUACCGUGCAGCUACCGAUGACGCAGAACCACCACCAUCUCCUGCUAAGCCAGUUGAACCAGCUCCAACAGUUCCUGCUCAGGUUCCCGUUCAGCCAAUUCAUAUUCAUCUGCCUUCACAAGCACCACCGGUUCAACCCGUUCCGAAUAAAAUUCCUCAAUCCUUACCUUUUCCUCCAGCAUCUCCCCCAACGCCAAACUCUCAGCUAGCUCCAAGUUCACCAGGCUUCAGGAGCAUGCACAGUUACGGUUACAGUGAUGUUCAUCCGGUUUACGAGAGUAGUAGUCACGGCGCUGACUACAGUGGUCACGGUGUUUAUAGCGGACAUACCAGCGGCCACGGUCAGUGUUGCAUGUACUGCUGUGGCGCUGGUGGUGGCCAUGGCAACCAUCAUGGCUACAGUUCCGGGCACCAUGGUAGCCACGGUGGCUAUUGCAGUCAUCCAGUCCCAGAAGUUCAUAAGGUCAGUAUGCGUGCAGUAAAUCUGACACCUCUUCCCAUCGAUAAAGUUCUCGAUCGUUCAGAUUCCGUGCUGCACCCGGUAAAUCGCACCAUUUAUAAUCAACUCGUGUCUCGGAUUCUUUUCGAAGAAUGGAAACGUGAAUUGUACAGCACACCGCCAUUUCAACCGACGAAGCGACCUCUAUGAGAUCAACUAGAACCACCAGCAGAAGAUACUGCUCCAAACGCCUUCGAUACGAAUUCGCAGCCAGACUUCUAUUUUCAUCCCUGCUGUGAACCAGAGAAGCAGAAAGACGAGAACCGUCUGCCCGUCACCCCGGAACCGGGACUGAGAGUUGAACCAGUUGCGCAGAUUAUGCCCUUCGAAAGUUAUGACGGUGGCCCACAAAGCUACGAACUAAUACCAAAAGAACCUACGACGCCGCCACCCCCGAUGCACUAUCUUUCAUUACAGGACGAGUGGGGGAAUCCGAUAAAACCCCGUUACCGCAAACAAUCCAAAUUAAGAACCGAGCAACUACCAGUCGUGCCUUUUGCCAAAUAGGCAGCUAAAUUUGAUAAGCGAAAAUAAAUGUACAUAUUCUGAAAUAUUUUAUUUGCAUUGUUCUAACAAGAUUGCCGAAAUCGAUUGAUUAGAUUUGAGUAGAUAAUUUCUUCUAGUAAAACCUUUAUGAAGAAGGUAUUUAUUUUCAAUACUUCAACUAGUUAUCUGCAACUAUGAAGAGUUGGCAGAUAUUUGAAUACAGCAUCUCGAUGGUUUGUGUCAUCGAAAAACAUCGGUAAACAAACUUUGAACUCAGUUUUUGAAUAAAAUAGGGCAUACAUAGGGCAACCAGCUACGGCUAUAUAUCAUAAGCGUAAUAGUUCAUGUUCGAAAUACCAUACGAAAUAGGAAAAUAAGUCUUUUCGAUUAGCUUCU